AUGGCGACGUUAGAGUUGGCGGCUGCCGCCGUGUUGGGCACCCAGUUGCUCGAGGCCAAGUACCACAUCAAGGACGACCUCUUGCUCGCGAGAAAGACGGUGGCGGAGGCGAUCCCGUUCCUCUACCGCCUGUACCGAGGGCGGGUGUCGUACUGGUACCCGUUCGAGGCCGCGGCGAAGAAAUACAAAAACAACCGGGCGGUGCUGUUCCCGCGUCCCAAGAAGAACCCGCCGCUGAUUAAGCAAGACGCCCAGGGGUUCCCCAUUUUCGACGACCAGUUUACCGUCGAACUGUACACGUACAAGGAGUUGUACAACAUCGUGUUGCGGUUGUCCCAUAUUCUCCACUACGACUACGGCGUCACCCUGGACCAGACGAUCGCGUUGGACUGCAUGAACAAGCCGCUCUUCAUCUUCUUGUGGCUUGCGUUGUGGAACAUUGGCGCCUGUCCCGCGUUCCUCAAUUUCAACACUAAGGAUAAACCGUUAGUGCACUGUCUUAAGAUCACUCACGUGACCCAAGUGUUCAUCGACCCCGACUGCUGUGACGCCAUCAGAGCCUCCGAGGACCAGAUCCACCGGGAAUUGCCCGAAUGCAAAUUGCACUACUUAAAUGAGGACGAGUUGAUGCGGGUGCUUACUGACCCGCGCUCGCCUAAAUACAGAGCUCCCGAUAACACCAGACGCCCCAACGACACCGACCACGACUGCGCCGCUCUCAUCUACACCUCCGGUACCACGGGGUUGCCCAAGGCGGGGAUCAUGUCGUGGCGUAAGGCGUUCAUGGCGCUGAAGCUCUUCGGGUACAUCGUCAAGAUCAACCUGAAGCUGACGGUGUUGACGGCGAUGCCAUUGUACCACUCGACGGCGGCGAUGUUGGGGGUGUGUCCCACGUUGCUCAAUGGUGGCUGCGUCGCAGUGCUGCAGAAGUUCUCGGCGACCACCUUCUGGACUCAGGCUAAGCUUACCGAUGCUAGUCACAUUCAGUACGUGGGUGAGGUGUGUCGCUACUUGCUUAACCUGAAGCCCCACCCCGAUAACACCGCCCACCACGUUGAAAUUGCCUACGGUAACGGGUUGAGAAAGGAUAUCUGGUUGCAAUUCAAAGAGCGCUUCCACAUCAAGAUGAUCGGCGAGUUCUACGCGCUGACGGAGUCGCCCAUCGCCACCACCAACGUCCAGUACGGUACUUUUGGGGUGGGCGCCUGCCGCAAGUACGGGGCGUUGAUCAACAUGAUUUUGGGCACGCAGCAGACGUUGGUGAAGAUGAACCCCGACGACGAAAACGAGAUCUGGAGAGACCCCAAGACCGGGUUCGCCGUCCAGGCCGACUACAACGAGCCCGGCGAAUUGUUGAUGAAGAUCAUGCAAUCCAACGAGCCCGAAAAGACGUUCCAGGGUUACUACGGCAACAAGAAGGCGACGCUGGAAAAGAUCGCCCGCGAUGUGUUCAAGAAGGGCGACGCCUGGUUCAGACUGGGCGACUUGCUCAAGAUGGACGAGGACGGCUUAUUGUAUUUCGUCGACAGAUUGGGCGACACCUUCAGAUGGAAGCUGGAAAACGUGUCGGCGUCGGAAGUGGAAAACGAGUUGGCGGCGUCCGGUGUCAUCAAGCAGCUGGUGGUGGUCGGGGUGCAGGUGCCCCACCACGAAGGCCGUGCCGGUUUCGCCGUGAUCGAGGUUGCCGACGGCAUGGAGGACAACUUGCCCGAGGUGUUGGACAAGCUCUACGCUCACGUCGACAAGUCGCUCCCCAAGUACGCCCAGCCGAUGUUCAUUAAAGUGGCUACCAUCGAGCUGUCCCACAACCACAAGGUGCCCAAGAACACCUACAAGAAGCAGAAGUUGCCCAAGGGGGACAACGGCGAGGACACCAUCUACUGGUUGAACAAGAACCGCUACGAGGAGUUGACCGAGGACGCGUGGCUGCAGAUCAUGCUGGGGGCGUCGAAGUUGUAG